UAAGGGCUUUAGAGUCACCAAACACGCUCUGAAUCUUCUUCCUCCUCCAAUUUGCUUUCCGUGGGUAUGGCUAGGUUUCGAUAUUUCUCCUGUCUUAGAUCGACUAAUGGCGACACUGAAGAACCUUCGGAGAGAAAAGAUCGUUAUGGAACUGAAGAUGUUCCGGAAGACGAAGAUGAAUCUCGUAUUGAAUUAUACCAAGCAGAAAUUGAGUGUCAUGUCGCCAAAGCUCGUGUAUUCAAAUGAACAGAGCUGAUUGUCGCCACUGAUACGUUCAACCCAGGACAUGUUCUGGGUAAAGGAAGAUUAGGAUGCGUCUAUAAGGGUAUUCUCGAAGACGAACAGGAAGUUGCCGUGAAAAGAUUUGAUGCAAAGGAAGAAUUGUGUGCAGAGGUUCAAAUGCUCAGCUGCGUAGAGCAUCCUAACAUCGUCAAGAUGAUAGGUUACUGUGAUAAAGGGGAAGAUCAUAUUAUUGUGUAUGAAUUUAUGCCAUUACGAUCAUUGAAUCUUCAUUUACACGACCUUAAACCCGGCAAAAAGCCACUAGACUGGAAGACUAGGAUGAAGAUAGCAGAGGGUGUUGCCCAGGCUUUAGAAUAUUUGCAUUAUCAAAAGGAUCCUCCUGUAAUUUGUUGUAACUUGAAAGCAUCUGGUAUAUUACUCGAUGAAGAUUAUAAACCGAAGCUGUCAGAUUUCUGCAGUGCACAACUUGGUCUUACUUGGAAGUACUCCCCGGUUAAAUCAGGGAUAAUGCUAACAUUCGGUUAUGGUGCUCCAGAGUAUGCUUUGUGUGGCAAACUCACUUCCAAAUCUGAUAUAUAUAGUUUUGGUGUUGUUUUGCUUGAGUUGAUGUGUGGGCGGAAGGCAAUUGAUGGAACCAUAACUAAUUGGUCUGGAGAGCGCAAUAUCGUUUCAUGGGCACGUCCAUUUCUCAGUGAAAGUAAGUUCUUGCAACUUGCUGACCCACUCAUGAAAGGACAGUAUCCGUAUCGUGGACUUGUCCAAGCUCUUGGUCUUGCGAAAAUGUGUGUACAAGAAGAACCACGCAACAGACCUCUUACAGCAGAAGUUGUGACUACUCUCUCAAAUAUAGUUUCCCAGACUUACGAAGAAGCAUGUGGUACAUCCGAAGCCGAUCCAUUGACUUCGUCAACUAUGGUGCAUAGACCACUAGCCGUUGCAUAGGUAAAAACAAUGAUGCAAGACUGUUACGGUUGAUAAUUCAAACCCGACUUUCUUAUAAUAAAGUUAAUCUUUUAUUUGUCUAGACACAGUAAGCCGGGAUUUGUUGUUUAUCAGUACUUUUUAGUUUUUGACACAUUCAUAUCGAAAUGUUUAUCCUCAACAUUUUCAAACU